UCGUAAAAGAAGAUACGAGUUUUGCAAAGUCAACUGAAACACCAUGAAAACACAAAGCUGGCUGUCUGCCACGUGUCACAAGUCUCCUCUUUAACGCUACAUUGAUCCACUCAAAAUGAACAACUUUUCGCAUGUGGGUCUGCACCUUGAUUGUUGUUCUAGAGCCGGUUGCUUGUGGAUGGAGGACUAGCUGGUUUCCAGCUGUUUGUAUGCUGUAACAACACAAUGGGCUGUUGAUGAACUGUCUGUCUGUCUGGAUUAAGUUGUUUAUUUAGUGUGCACACCAAGUGUUUGAUGAAUUGAUUAAGAGAAAGGUGAAAUGGGUCCUGGGACUGAUCAAUGUACAUCAUUGGAUAAUGGGUAUUUGAAGGAAUGUGUGCCUCCUUUGGAAGAUAAUAUUGAUCAACCAAAUGCUGCUGCUAAGCCUCCUAGGAGUCUUCAGCCUGUGAGACAUUGUAUUAGCCAGGCUAUGCUGGCUGGCACCUCGGAUUCGUCUGUAAAGAAAUCUACAAACGAAGGCAGCGGCCUGAAAUCACCACAAAACGAGAAAUGCGCGUAUACGCCCAUCUUUCGCUCAGGCAGCUGUUCCGAAAUGGGUCCAAAACCGUAUAUGGAGGACGAAUAUAUUUGUGUAGAUGAUCUUCAACAACAUUUAGAUCCACAACCAGAUUACCCUUUUCAUGGAGCUUUCUAUGGGGUUUUCGAUGGACAUGGUGGCAUUGAUGCUGCAUCAUUUACUAAAAGAAACAUUCUUGAGUUCAUUCUCGAGGACUCUAUUUUCCCAAAGGGGGUGAAGAAAGCUGUCAAGAAUGCGUUUGCCAAAGUUGAUCAUGCGCUAGCGGAUACUAGAUCUCUUGAUAAUUCCUCUGGAACUACUGCAUUGACUGCCCUCAUAUUAGGAAGGAAUAUGUUAAUUGCAAAUGCUGGGGACUCGAGAGCUGUACUAGGGAAACGAGGAAGAGCGAUUGAGCUUUCAACAGACCACAAACCGAGCUGCACAUCUGAGAAAAUGAGAAUAGAGAAACUUGGAGGUGUGAUUUACGACGGGUAUCUCAACGGACAGCUGUCAGUAGCACGUGCACUGGGAGACUGGCACAUGAAGGGUCCCAAAGGUUCGGAUAGCCUCUUGAGUGCUGAGCCAGAACUGGAAGAAGUAACACUAACUGAAGAAGACGAGUUUCUGAUAAUCGCGUGUGAUGGUCUAUGGGAUGUGAUGAGCAGCCAAUACGCGGUAACAAUUGUAAGGAAGGAACUUAUGCUACAUAACGACCCUGAGAAGUGCUCUAGACAACUUGUUAGGGAGGCUUUGAAGCGGAACAGUUGUGACAAUCUGACGGUUGUGGUCGUCUGUUUCUCAUCCGACCCGCCACCAAAGAUCGAGAUACCCAAAAUGCAUAGACGCAGGAGCAUAUCCGCUGAAGGACUUGAUGUUCUAAAGGGUAUUUUGGAUAAUGAUUGAUUCAAAACCAACCAAAUUCAAGUGGUUUGCUGGUUUUGACUUCUAUCCAUUUUGUUGAGUAUCUAGCACAAAGUUAAUUUGUACAAAUUGAUUAAACCACUAGUUUUUUUUUUUUUUUUUAAUACAUUUUUCUUUUUGCUUCUCUUUUAAAAUUAUCAUUUUGUUACAAGGUAACAAUAAGAAUUUCUCUUCACUUUUUUAAAUUUUUUUGGGUCAUUUUUUGGUCAACUUCUCUUUACCAUUUGUAUGAAUGGGUCAACUUGUAACUUGUUGGGAUAUACAAACAUUUGCUUUAAAUUUUA